AUGCGAGUAAAGAACCUUCCUGUUUACUUAUCGUCUAAUAACAGACACUCGAGAAGCUUCUUUUACCAUCCAAACUUAGACAUAAAAGUUGUCAGCAAAAACAGUAAGUUGACCAAAAGGAGAACAUUGUCCGAUGAACAAAGGGAAAUACUUAAGUUUUACCCGAACUUCAUAUCUCUUCUUCCCAACACCAAUGUCUCAGAUUACCUUGUCCAGACGAUAAACUUGCCAACAAUAGGUCUGUUAUCAGCUGUUGUUGACCAAUGUCAAAAGAUAACUGUAUUUUUUAACAACGACUCUCUUCUCUUUCUUAUACACGAAGCUGAUGUGAAGGAAUACAUAAUUCCGGAUGCAAGUUCAGUUGUUCCUCUACUUUAUGCUGCAUCUUCCUACUUUCUUCAAUGUCUUUAUCGUGUAGAAAUGAACUCAAUAACUCUGGAUGUUUAUUUGAAAGAUCAUUUCAUCUCUGAAAGUUUCGACUUUUCAUCUAAACCCAUUCCAGUUCAACAGUAUGAAAAGCUUUAUGACUUCCUAACAUUGUUACAAAUGGAAGAUUUUCAUCUGCCCCUAUCUUGCAAAUCAUUUGUUUACGAACGUCACUGUGAAACUCAACUUGAGUUUGUGACAAUGCUUAAGAAGCUCUUUAAGAUCGCCCAAGAUUAUCAUAUUGAAGCAAGGAUUACUUGGGAUUCUUCCGCAUUUUCCCCACAACACAAAAACUUGCUCACACUCUUGCGCCCUUAUCAAUGUGAUGCUGUCAAGUGGAUGGUUUAUCAGGAAUGUAAUGGAAUAUCACUGGGAGAUCGUGAAUUGUUGGAGAAAAUGUUUCUGCCUAUCAAAUUACUAAAUGACAACGAAAUGCUUUAUUUCUCCGUAUACUCCGGAUCGUUCACCAAAUACUUGCCAGUAAUUGAAUACCCGCGUACUGGGGGAAUUUUGGCGGACGAAAUGGGCCUUGGUAAGACAUUGGAAGUCAUUUCUCUAGUUCUCACUCACCCGUUAAGUGAUUGGAAGGAAAUAGGUGGUCAACUACGAACUAUGGAGGACAAACCGCUUAGAACGAAAUGCUUACCUUCUUCAAAAAACGAUUCUGACAUUUUUAAGAAACAUUGUGACAGUUACAUCCUUUGCACUUGCGGCGGUGUCGAGGAGACUGAGAAAUUUGACGUAGUUCACUGUUCUCUCUGUGACGGUCCAGGUCAACAUGCAUCAUGCGUUCAAUAUAACCCCUCAAUAUACACCAGCCGUCUUCCAGUCAAGGAAGGAUAUAUAUGUCCACAGUGCUGGACUAAGACGCGUAUCUAUUCAAAAGCUACGCUAAUUAUUUCACCUGACCACAUUUGGCAACAAUGGAAAGAAGAAUUGCAAAAUCAUGUUAUGCCUGAUGUAUUACAGGUUUUGAUUUAUGCUGGUAUGGAGGCCCCUGUAACAUCCGUCGAGUUUGGCACUCGUGCCUCUGUCAAAGAACAAGGAAAUAACAAUCCUUUUGCUUCUCGUACUCAUGUUCCUACAAAAGUUGUUUCAGAAAACAAAGUUAGUGAAGAGACAAUCCUUCCUGGUUUCGUUCAGCCUCCUCAAUUAGCUUGUGCUGAUAUCGUGCUUACUUCUUAUUCUGUAGUACAACGUGAACUUGAUUGGGCUGAGGUUGUUGCGGAUCGUCAAGCUGGCCUUGCAAACAGACCAAAGUUACGAUUGGCUCAGCGGUAUAUAUGUCGUCCUAGCCCACUUACUUGUGUCAGAUGGUGGCGGAUUUGUUUAGAUGAAGCACAGAUGGUGGAGCGUGUCACAUCUAGAACUGCUCGUAUGUUAUCACAAGUUACUGCUGUUAACAGAUGGUGUGUUACUGGUACGCCAGCUGAGAAAAGUAUUGAUGACUUAUUCGGGCUGUUCGCUUAUCUUCGGCUCACACCGUAUUCUUUUUCACAUUACUGGAAUAGUUUGUUGUAUCAGCCGUUCCUUGUAACAUGCUCUACAUCCUCAGGUAAAAACCAUUAUGAUUCGGAAGAAGAUUUAAAACCUGUUGCGUUUGAUGAAUCACUUAUUGCUAGUACGGACCUGAGCAAAGUUUUGAAUAAACUGUUAUGGAGAAAUACCAAAGCUCUUGUAGGUGAUCAGCUUGCUAUACCCCCACUCACUGAGGAAAUCCAUUGGAUUACAUUUACUCCCGUUGAACGAUAUAUACAUGAUCGUGUCCUCGCUCAAUCAGCUGGUGCUCUUGAGCGUUUAGUUCAAAACAUGUCCAUUUCACCUGAUCAGUCACUUUGUAGUUUACCUACGGCUGCACACUGGCGCUUGGUUUAUUUAAUUACUCGACUUCGUCAGGCUUGCACACAUCCAAGUCUUGUUGUGGCUAAUUGUGGAUCGCAUAAAGGUAAUCGUAGUGACAGGAACCAAACAGGACGUGUAAAUGGACUAACGACCUCUGAAAUUAUCCCAAAUAUGGUACGUGUAGGCCUCAACGAUGAUGAACAAUACAGUGAUAAUGGUGAAGACUAUUCAAGGAGGAUGAAUAAUGCUCCCACUUUAGCCGAUGCUCGAGCCCAUCGUAAUUUAGGAACGGGAUGUUUCACAAUGACCGAAGUGAUCAGACGUGUUGUGGAUGAGACUCGUAGAGAAUGUGAAGGCCUUCUACGUACUUGGGUUUUCAAUAAAAAUGGCGCCGCUGGUUGUUUUAUUAUCAAAAAUCAGUUAGUUCAGGCUGCAGACUGCUACAGAGAUGUUUUGCGUUCAGCUGACAGUUUUGAAAGACAUCAUGGUAUUCUUGCAGAUUGGAGUCAAAGGCUUCAUGCAAUUACCAACUUACAUUGGUUGAUUCAAACUCAAAAAGUUCCGAUGCUGGAUGAACCUCUUCCCAUAAUUCCACAAAGUCCACCGUUGCUGAAAAAUACUUCAUACUCUGUUGUUUCAGUACAGACUAAGAAGAGUGGAGAUUUUAGUUUAGAGGGACUAGAUCCUCGUGUUGACAGAGAUUUAUGCUCCAAGGCAGAACGCCUACGAACUACAUACAUUCAGAUGCACUCUCAACUGUUAGCAAAGGUGAGAGAAAAUUUAGAUCCAAUUGUAGAAGAAUUAGAUAAUGAACUACGUGAUCCAACAAAGCAAGGUGCUAAUGAAAAUCUUACUGAUAAAAUGGCUACUAUCGAUGCUGGUGGAUGGCUUAGUUGGCUUGCAGAAGCAAUUGAUUUUCUUAUUGUUUCUGGUCUAGGUCAUAGUUUAAUUGAUAUGCUUGUUGCAAGUUUUAAAAGCAGGCCAAAUAUGAAUCGAAGUGGAUUCAGAACAUCUUUACUUUAUGCUGGUUCAGCUAUCACAUUCAAAGCGAUGUUACUAACUGAGUUGGGAGAAGUCUUUACAGCACGUGAAGAAAUGAGAAUAGCUAUGCAACCUAUGGAUGAUACCUGGAAUUCCUUUAUGAAUGGUCGUGAAGUUGAUCGACGGAUUCUGCAGCCUUUUUAUGCAUGCUGUGCAAGAGCUUUUGAUACAGAUGAAGAAAAUAAACGAAAAGGAGAGAAACGUAAAACCAAGUCGAAAAUAGAUGAUAAAACAAAAAAGUCGAAUACUGAUAAUACACCUAAUCGUCGUGCAACAAAGAAAACACGUUGUGCCUAUUGCAUCGCUUUAAGAGCUUUGUGCAAUUAUCAACGUGCAUUGAACCAUGAACGUGCCAAAACUAUACCAAAUCGUCCUUCGAUAUUUGAAUUUGAUGUAGACAAUGAUUCAGAAACAUUAGAAAAGUCAUCUGUCGCUUCUGUUGAAGAAUCUGGAACUGGUUUAAUUUUAAAUAAUCCUUUAGUUAUGUCAUUAUCCAUAGUAUGUCAACAAAUAUCUAGAAUUUUAUCAUCUACACCUGCCAACGAACUUCCAUUUUCAAAAAUACUCUAUCAAACAAAAGCUAAACGUUUGGAACAACUAAUUCGUUUAAUGGGAAAGGAAAUAUUGCUAACCAGCCGUACACAGUCACUAACCAUGGAAUGGUGGAAUAUACACGAUGAUACCGAACAGUUUGUUGUUCGUCUUCAAGCCACUUGUCCAACAGAUUUAGCUUUUAUUCAUGAGGAUGAGGUUGAUGCCCAAUUACAUUCCUACAUAGUUGAAGCUGACGUAAUUUGGCCUAGACUUCAAUCUCGUCUUGGACAUUUUAACUUCUUGCGUAACGCUCAUUUAACAGCAGUAACUGGCUUUUCUACUUCAACUGAAGAUAAUAAUGCUAAUGGUGAACAAUCUAAAAGUCGACCACUUGAAUGUCCAACUUGCUUACAGUUACAUUCACCAUGUAAUCCAACUUUUGUUUUGCUUCCUGGUUGUUGGCAUACUCUUUGUGUCACUUGUCAUGAUCGUAUCGCAUCACUAAAUCAAGUUUCCCAACGAAGAUGUCCAAUCUGUCGAACACCAUUUCAAGCAAUGGAAACUGCGGGUUUAAAUGCUCGACGUAGACGACCUUUAACACUUAUUCAUUAUGCUGGAAGUAAGGUGCAUCAAGAAAACUCAGUGAAAUCCGAAGAAACAGAAGGAGAUUUAAAUAUAGUGGGUGAUCAUAGUACAAAAGUAAGAGCUGUUAUUCAGCGUUUAAAAGUGAUUAAACGGGAAGAUCCUGAUGCUAAAGCCAUUGUUUUCAGUUCUUGGUUGUCUGUUCUAGUAACACUAGCUGGAGCGUUAGAUCAGAAUGGAUUGGCCUACACAACAUUAUUUCACGCUCGUGACGCUUGUUGUCCAGGCAGAUUGGCUGGUUUUCAGUGUUUCGGUUCUACAACAUGGAUUCUUUUGAUGCCAGUCCAACUUGGCGCUAAUGGUCUAAAUUUGACUUCAGCAAAUCAUGUACUUUUCGUUGAUCCUGUGUUAUCACAUGCAAGAGAAGCUCAGGCAGUAGCGCGAAUUCACAGAAUCGGACAAACAAGACCCGGAGUUGUACAUCGGUUCUUAGUAAAAGAUAGCAUUGAAGCCGCAUUACAUGCAUCACAUUCUCGAAACACAGAAGUUGGUCCUUAUAAUAUUGAUACAGAAUGUAUGAUUGGCGCUGGUAUACGACGAACAAGCUCCACUAGUUUAGGAGUAGCUGGACCCAGUGAAGAUAGAGCUCAAUUAAUGAGUAUGACAAUUAAACAGCUUACAGAACUGUUACACUUUGAGUGCAAUACUGGUAUGCUCACCGAUGAGAUGAAACUACCGUCGUUUUCUUUACUUUAA